GCCAAAUAUUCAUCAUCAUCAUGGCUGCAUUUCCAGUAUUGGCGCAGGACCAGACUGGACAGACAAAUUUAAAAUCCCAUGGAGCUCCUUUCCUGAGGCGUUAGUGCAGUGCCUGGAGAGGGGCCAAAGACCAAGGCCAGCUUUAAGAAGAGAAAUGGUGCGGAUUGUGGUGAGGCAAAUGCUGAAAGACUGCUUUGAUUAGUAAAAGAAAUGCCAUAGAUGUAGCCCAAAAGAUAGUGGCACGAUACCCCAAAUCCUUACAGGAUGUCAUUGAGAGAGAUGUCAUCAGUGCUGGAUACCAUUCCCUCGCCAAACAAAUUCAAAAUCACAUUGAAAACACAAGAUCAAAGACCAAAGAUCAAAAACACCAAAAAUUACAAAAAGAAAAUCCACACGGACUCUAACACAGAGAUGGCACAGACAAAAAGAGCUGCAAUUCAAGAUACGUAUGGAUGUAUAAAAUGGGAAGUGAAGUUCUUAAACAACACAGAGCCAACAAGACAAAAAAGAAAAGCUGAAAAAUCUGUUUCUGCAACAAACUGAGGACCUGGAAAUGGUGAGCUCAAUCAUGAAAGCGUCAUAUUUCACUCAACGAAAAGGAGUAAAGGAAGGCCAAGCAAUUAAAGAAAUGAGAGAAGACUGGCCAUGGUGGUUUAUGGAAAUUGGAAUGACCAUCCACUUCCAGGAAGUGACAGGAAUACGCCUGAAAGAAGAUUUUCUGAAGAAUGUCGACCAGAAGGGGAAAAGGCUCCUAAACAAUUUGAAAACAAUAGCCGCCAACAAGAACAGAAAGCUGUGCCAAGUCACGGCCAAGCUUGAAUUCAUCAGGGGAGAACACACAGGGUCAUCUGCAGAUGUCAUCAAGAUGGUCAUGCUUCUCUUGGCCUAUUUUGAGGAGAAGGAGGAGGUCAUGUUUUGCUACGUAGAUGAAACCUGUCUGGCCGAAGAAGUGGAAUUCGCAGAAGUUGCCUUAACUCCCACAAUAGUUGUAUGUGGACGGUCCUGUUUUUCUGCCAGAAGAAUGAUGCUUAGUAUUGACCAAGUCAUUGUAAAUGACCAAAUGACGACUUUCAUCCAGUCAUUAUGCAUGAUGUUUGGAAGUUAUUACUCCUAUAACAUCCAUUACCCAUCACAGCUCGCAUCCACCCUGGAGUUUCUUCAGAGGUGCUUCUUCUCCAUUAACCCUGAGAAGGGAACAAAAGUGGAGAAGACCAGUACAGCCCUCAUGCAGGUCAACCCUUGCGUAUUCACUCUGAUCCAAGGCCUGUCAGGCUACGAGUGGCGGGACGUUUAACAAUGGGCUCUGUAGUUUUCGACCUUCGAUUAUCCUCUUUCUGAAUAUGAGAAAGAUCUAAUUCUUCUGGGGAAGAUCAGCUGUCACUUCCGGAAUGAUAAAUUCACUUGUUCGACGAAGAAAAUCCAACGAGAGCGCCAACAUCAAAGGUUGGAAUAUUACUUGGAUGGAAAAAUAAUUUGCCGUGAAACAUUCAAGUUCCUACAUUGCAUCAGCCACAAUAAACUGACAGCUCUACUGAAACACUACUAGGAACACGGCUUGACCCCACGAGUUAAAAAGUCGCCAGAGAAGAGAUCAGAGACUGCUCACACAUGACGACAACUGCCGUGUUGUUUUGUUCAUCGUGAACUUCGCAGAGCUUCACGCGUUGGUUCUCCCUGGUUGCAUUCCCGGGUAUAAACGUUUCGAUGUGAAGUUGCUGCCAUCUCAACACACCAAGGCGACAGUUUUCCGUGCUUAUGAAAGCGCAAUUAAGGCAAGUUUCAAAUUGAAGAUGGCAGACAGAGCAAAAAGAACUAAAAUAAAUAAGGAGCUUCGUGAAAAAUUAAAGCAAUUUUUCAAUGAGGGGAUGACCCAAGUCGGUUCACCCCUCAUAAAAGAGGCUGCUAUAGCUACAGGCCUGGAAAUCUGCGUCAUUGAAAACUGGAUUGGAAACCAUAAAAGGGUUGUUGCUCCCUCACAACCCCGACCUGCAAAGAGAAAAUGGCACGUCCGAGAACUCUCUGCAUAUAAUCUCUUUUGCCGGGACCUGUUUAAAAACUCAGGCACAAUGAGCGAUAUUAAGAGCCAGUGGUCCUCUAUAGGGAGAGAGGCAAAAGAGAGAUAUGGUAAGGAAGCAGCAGCACUCCGGGCGCUGGAGGCAGAGCUCAGUGCUGAAAUGAGGGAGGACAAAAUCAAGUGGCACCUUAAGCUGCUAAAAUUAGAGGUGGCCAAGCUGGAGGCUAUGGGGGUGGAGACUGCCAUGGUCUCCAUAGACAAAUUGAGCUGUGGGACACUGGAGGUGUUUGAGGUGUCCAGCAAAGAGCCCGCAGUGUUCUUGGACACGUCAGACACCUCGAGCAAAUUUGCUAUGUAUUUCAAAGCUGGCUUCUCACGUCCUGUGUCAUCGAAGGAAGACCUCAGUGUUCUGCACAAAAAAGUGCAAGAACUGCUCAAUACAAAAUACAAGGAGGCUGGAGGUGCUGGGAGGGUCCCCUACAAGUCCCUGCAGGGAGGCCAGUACUUAGUUGUUGCUGGGCCACCAGAUGGUCUCCAGUUAAAAAAGCCAAUGUUUUAUGGCAGAAAUCAGCUGGAGGCCAUCUUAAAAUGCCACAAUGAGAUUUCUUUUCACAUUAGUGCACAGCAGAUGGAGGAAGUUGUCAUAACUACUGCAGAUGAAGCUGCACAGCAGAUGGUGGAAGCUGCCAUAAGUACUGCAGAUGAAGACAUAACUUUAAAGAACAUGGACACAGAAGCAGACACAGCAGAUGGGACUGGGACCAAGACAGCUGUACAGCUUUUGGAGGCCAUCUAAAUGAUCCCGGAUCUACAUCUCCUCCCCACCCAUCGAAGGGUAGAGAGGCAAGACAUUGAAGAACUCCUUUGGCAGAAACAAUUUUGGUGCAUUUGAAUUUGAAAUUGAAUUAUCAAAUAAAGAUUUUUCUUAAAUGUA